AUGGAAAUUAAGGAAACAUUCACUGAACAAAAGGAGACAUUAACUCACGAAGAAAAGUAUGUUAAUCCACAAUUUAUUCAAGGAAGUAAUUUAACAGUGCACACUGAAGAAAAAUAUUACAAGUGUGAAAUUUGUUUGAAGCAGUUCGCUGCAGCACAUUGUCUCCAAGAGAACAAGAUGGAAAUUAAGGAGACAUUAACUGAACAUUCAUCUCACGAAGAAAAUUAUAUGAAUCCACAAUUUAUUCAAGGAAGUAAUUUAACAGUGCACAAUGAAGAAAAACAUUACAAGUGUGAAAUUUGUUUGAAGCAGUUGGCCGCAGCACGUAAUUUGAAACAACAUUAUUUGACAAAACACACCAGUGAAAAACCUUAUAAAUGUGAAAUUUGUUUGAAGCAGUUCGCUGUAGCACAUUGUCUCCCAGAGAACAAGAUGGAAAUUAAGGAAACAUUCACUGAACAAAAGGAGACAUUAACUCACGAAGAAAAUUAUAUGAAUCCACAAUUUAUUCAAGGAAGUAAUUUAAUAGUGCACACUGAAGAGAAACAUUACAAGUGUGAAAUUUGUUUGAAGCAGUUUGCCGCAGCACGUAACUUAAAACAACAUUUGACAGUGCACACUAGUGAAAAACCUUAUAAGUGUGAAAUUUGUUUGAAGCAGUUCGCUGCAGCACGUAUUUUGAAAAAACAUUUGAGAGUGCACACUGGAGAAACACCUUAUCAGUGUAAGAUUUGUUUAAAACAAUUUACACAAAAAGCUCAUUUAACUCCUCACAUGAAAGUUCACACCAGAGAAAAACCUCACAAGUGUAAAAUUUGUUUCAAACAAUUUAGUACAGCAGGGUCCGCAGAUGUGACAAAAGGUAUUAACGAAACAGAUUUCACCAAACAAAUCACUCUUUAUACGCAAAAUGCCUGUGAAAUAACUUAA